UGGCUGUUGUUCUGGUACUGCUUGGAAUGCUUCAUUAAAUAGAUGCGUCGAAUGCCAACCAGGGUUUGUGGGGUUCCAGUGUACCUUUGCCUGUCUCUAUCCCUAUUAUGGACAAGGAUGUUUAAAUGUCUGCAAAUGUUCUGAAUAUGAAUGCAAGCCCUCAACUGGUUGUUCAGAAAUGAAGAUCGAAAACAUCUCAAACAUGAUAUCAUCGGACACGUCCAGUAUCCCUACAAAUUUUUCAAAUAACUUCAGUGAAGUUCUGAAUGACAAUGUCUGUAGUACAUGCAUCAGCUUCCCAACCUACGGUAUUAUCCUCAUUGCUUUGUGUUUGGUAGGUUUGUUAAUCUUAACAGGUUUCGUAUCCUUCAUUUUCACAAAAUUAUACUACACCAAGAUCUGGGAGAAAAGAAUAACGAAUGAAUAUCAAGAGAUGCAGAGGAGACAACUUUCCGAAAACUCUUAUGAAAGAAUAGAUGUUGCAAAUGUUUUCACGGGAAUAUCAAAUGUCAACAUAACGUACGAACGUUUAAAUAAGCUGUACAGUAUUAACCUUAAUCAGGAAGGCUCCAAUGCAGUUCCAGAGAUCAGUUUACCAAAUAACCCCGUGUAUGAUGAUUGUAUAAAUAUGGAUUCAGGUUCUUCCGCUUAGACCUUGAUUAUGGAAAAGGAGACUUACAUGAACUUUAAUAUAAUACAAAUACAUUUUAGUCAUUUAAUACUGAUAAGUACGACUGGUACAUUGCUCAUUUUGAGAGUCUUUAUUGAAUAAAAACCGUUGCUAAGAUAGGCAUUUUCAACUUUCAUGUAAGUAUAUUUUCACUUUUCUCCUCUUUGUCAGAAAUUAACGGAAUCCUCCGAACAGCUGG